UUGUAAAGAUACUGGUAUGUCUCUGCUUUUAUAUUUGCGCAUUGAAGACCCAUCACCUCCGAUCAACAACACGAAAUUAUUGAAUAUACCUUCAUAUAUCAAGCCAUUUCUUAUUUUCAUCCUCACACUGGUUCAUAAAUGGCAGGUGUAGUAAAUAUUGUAGUAAAUAACUGUUUAAAUCAUGUUUUAUGCGUGCUCCCACUACACUGUUUUCUACCGGCUGGAUAGAAAAGGCAGUCUCGGACCGUAAAGGAAAUACGCCACAUCACUUACUUCCGCGUUCGAGAAACAGGUGGAUAGAGUACAUUUUGUCCUUGCGUUGUGUCAGACUAUGACAUGUUUGUCAUGUGGCGGCUACCGUAGCUUCUUGUGUAUUCACAAUCUCAGCACUAGAUGCCGAUAAAAAUCUACACAGUGAACCUUAGCUUAGCUGGCGACUGACGUAUUCCUGUGGGUGGAGUUUAGUCAACAAACUGUUCUACUGACGUCAUUAAAGCAGGAAGUAGAGGGCUAUAGUCCAAACCGGACAUUCGCUGUUGGCUUCUUGAUAAGAAUACAAACAAAGAGAAACAGUACUGUAGUAUGCAUAUUGACUGCUAAAUGCUAUUUUUAAUGUAGAUACAUAACAACAACCUUGAUUUAUUACAUCACAUACAUCUUCCUUAUAUGGAAAAGAACAAAUGUUCAUGAAUAAACUGUUCCUUUAGCUUAACUGCUGUUCCUAAGUUUUUGUAACCUAUCUGUGUGAUGCCCCCCCAUCAGCCUGUGAAAAUGGACACUGCUGGUGUAUUUAUAGAGCAGAGUCAGCCAAGAGCAGUCAUUCUUAAGAGACUAUCCGUUGCUCGCAUUCGUCAUAACCGUAUGAUAUUUCGUUCUGGAAGUCACUGUGUCCAACUUACGUGUCCAACUUUUCUAAUUUAAACGCUUUCUGGAAGAUAAACAGGUAGGCUACAACUAUCGUAUGAAAAAUGAAUCUGGCGUUCUAAGUAGAACAACAUCAAGAGGGAUACACUAAACAACUAUGGAGAAACCAGUUUUACAAACGCAGCCCUCUAUGCUGCCCUUCUUUGACACAGCCCAUGCCGUCAACUUGCUCCGUGGCAUCCACGAGCUCCGUGCGGAGCGCAAGUUCUUCGACGUCACAUUGUGUGCCGAAGGAAAAGAGUUCCAAUGCCAUCGAACUGUGCUAGCCGCCGCCAGCACCUACUUUCGCGCUAUGUUUGCCGGUACUUUGCGAGAAAGCGUCAUGGACCGCGUGGUACUCCACGAGGUAUCCGCUGAACUGUUGGGUCUCCUGGUGGACUUUUGCUAUACGGGCCACGUCACUGUCACUCACGACAAUGUGGACCUUCUUCUCAAGACGGCGGACCUUUUCCAGUUCCCAUCUGUUAAAGAGGCAUGCUGCACUUUCCUGGAGCAGAGACUUGAUGUUUCCAACUGCUUGGAGAUCCAGGACUUUGCGGAAGCGUACGCGUGCCGCGGGCUCGCCACAAGCGCUCGCCGUUUCGUACUGAAGAACAUUGUGGAACUGGCAAAGAGCAUGGACUUCGAAAGGUUGUCGUGGAAGCGCCUACUGGAGUUUGUGUCGGAUGACGGACUGUGUGUGGAUAAGGAGGAAACUGCGUACCAGAUUGCCGUGCGCUGGGUCAAAGCCGACCUGCAGCAUCGCUUGCAUUACUGGCCAGAGCUGCUGCAGCAGGUGCGUCUCCCAUUCGUACGACGUUUCUAUCUUUUGGCCCACGUAGAGAGCGAUCCGCUGGUCUACCUUUCGCCGGCCUGUUUGCGGUUGGUCAGCGAAGCACGUAGCUUUCAGUCUUAUGAAUACGACCGUCAUGACCGACCCAGUCAUCGGAUGCGCCCGCGUCCAUCCACCGGCCUGGCCGAAAUUUUGGUGGUGGUGGGAGGAUGUGAUCAGGACUGUGAUGAGCUUGUUACUGUGGACUGUUACAACCCUCAAACUGGACAGUGGAGAUAUUUAGCAGAAUUCCCAGACCAUCUCGGAGGUGGCUACAGCAUAACAGCUCUGGGGAGUGACAUUUACGUGACAGGUGGCUCUGAUGGAUCACGUCUCUAUGAUUGCGUUUGGCGAUAUAACUCCAGUGUGAACGAGUGGACAGAGGUCUCCCCAAUGCUGAAAGCCCGGGAAUAUCACAGCUCUUGUGUCGUGAAUGGUCUGCUCUAUGUAGUUGCUUCUGACAGUACAGAACGCUAUGACCACACCCUUGACUGCUGGGAGGCUCUUCCACCCAUGUUACUCCCUAUGGAUAACUGUUCUACCACGUCAUGCAGGGGGCGACUUUACGCAAUUGGCUCAUUAACCGGAGAGGACACAAUGGCCAUUCAGUGCUACGAUGUGGAUAGCAACUGCUGGUCACUUGUCAACAGUGAAGAUUUGCCUCUGUGGUCUUUCGCCCCCAAAUCUGUGACUCUAAAUGGCCUGAUCUAUUUUGUAAGGGAUGAUUCAGCUGAGGUUGACGUCUACAACCCACAGAAAAAUGAAUGGGACAAAAUUAAUCCCAUGACACAAGUUCAUGUCGGAGGCAGCGUGGCAGCUCUCGGCGGUCGCCUCUACGUGUCCGGCGGCUACGACAACACCUUCGAGCUGUCUGAUGUGGUGGAGGUCUAUGACCCCAGUUUGAGAUCUUGGACCCCAGCUGGUCGCCUCCCCCAACCCACUUUCUGGCACGGAAGUGUUAGCAUAUUUCGACAGUUCAUGCCGCUUGUUCCCAGUACAUUUGAGCCUAUGGAUAUGCCCGAGGCGAAUGCCAUUCACCUGCACAGACACCACCGCAACCAGGCACUUCACAACCACAACAACAAUGUCAAUCAGAACCUUAACCAAGAUGUCAAUCAAGUCCAUUGAGACUGAAGUUGCUUAAAGUUCAGAGAACUGAGCGACGAAUAGACAAUCAGUGUUUGCAUUACUUUACCCAGUAACCUAAUGAUACUACAGCUUUAUUGUUGCAUGCGGUUUUAAUGCUGGCUGCGUUUACCUUGAACAGAGACCGAAGUGACUUAUGAAAUAGUGCCUGGCAAAUUUCAAGCAAUCCGUAUUUUGGGAAGUCUAUGGAAGUUCCCCUCAUAAUUUAUUUUUUUCUAUUAUGCUAUAUUAUUCAGCAUGGACAUGUAUACCUAAGCAUUCCAAAAGGUUAAUGUGAGUAUUGUUUAUAUAAGCAGAGAAUUACAUCAGUAUUUUAAAGCAUCACAGACUUUCCAAAAACAGCAUGAUGUUUUGAUGAACAAAAAUAAGUAAAUGUACCCCAGCAUUA